AAGCAUUCGCAAAACGAAACGAGAGGCGGAGGAAAUCGCCUAUUACCUCAUUUCCUUGGAUUCUUCUGAGCGCCGAUGGGGAUCUGCACCUCAUGCGAGGCGGUGGCGGUGGCGCCGACGGCGACGGCGAAGGUGGUCCUCCCGGACGGCGAGCUCCGGGAGUAUGACCGGCCGGUUAGUGUGGCGCACGUGCUCCAGAAGGACCCCUCGUGCUUCGUCUGCGAUGCCGACGUCAUGGAGUUCGACGGGUUCGUCUCUGCCGUCGGUGCCGAUGAGGAGCUCCGACCGGGGAACAUCUACUUCCUCCUCCCGAAGACAAUGCUGAAGCACCCGCUACACGCGGAGGACCUGGCCGCUCUCGCCGUCCGGGCAAGUGCCGCGCUCAUGAAGGCUGCCACCGCCGGGGAUCGGAUCCGGAAGGGAGCGGUGGUGGCGCCGCUUGUGUUCGACGUCGGGCCCGUGGAGGCCGCGGCGAUCGGUGGCGGGGUUCCAGCGGCGGCGGAGGAGAGGAGGCAACCUAAUAAAAGGGGGCGUGGCAUUGGGCGUAAAUUUAUGCCAGAUCUGGGUGCAAUUCCGGAGUAGAAAAAUGGUGGAGUUCUUCUGGCCUUUUUUUAACCCCCUCCCUCGUAGGGUGCGAAAAGCACUGAGCUUGGGCUGGACGAUCCAGACCGUCGAAAUCUACAACCAAAGUUCUUUAUGGGGAUCAGGAAAUAAACGUCGAUCGAGAGAUCUUGGUUUGGACGGACUGGAUUCGAUCAGUGAAGAUGAAAUGAUGAUGAGAAACAAGUGAAGUUUAGGGUAGCCUCGUUCCGCGAGACAGAGGACAUUAAUUUUGGCAUCUAAUGUAAAGAAAUUACUGUAAUUAAGGAAGUUAAUUAAUUAUGUAAACAAGAUAAUUAUUAGAAUUAUUCAUCUCACAAAGUUCGUUAUUUGACUCCGAAUAUGCCGUCAA